GGAGGAGGAGGCAAGAUGGCGGCCGAGGUUGCUGCCGCCGCGCCGGUCUCCCCUGAGCCGGGCCGCUGCGCCUAUUUCGUGGCGCGGAAAAGGCGCUUCUGCAAAAUGGUGCCGGCCCGGGGCAAGCGCUUCUGCGGCGAGCACGGAAGCCGUGAGGAAGAAAAUAGCAGGAAAAGAAUUCCCUGCCCUUUGGAUCCGAAACAUACUGUAUAUGAAGAUCAGCUACAAAAACACUUGAAAAAGUGUAAUUCAAGAGAGAAGCCCAAGCCUGUCUACUACGCUCAAGAUAUUAAUGCAGGACUGAAAGAUACGACAGAGUUGCCAGGAGAGCAGCAGGUACCAAUUUCUGCUCUGUCUAAAGAAGAGUUGGAGGACUUAAUUAGAAAGCUACGAAGAGCAAGUAACUGUAUAAAUUAUGUACUUAAGGACCAAAUCCUCUCUCACCAAGCUUUACAAGAGGCCUUGAAUGACCCCCAAAAUGGAGACGUGGCUUUUAAGCAUUUGAAACAACAGGCUUCUAUAUUAGGUAAUAUGGAAAGACUACAUUUGCUUGAACCUGGCAACUGUUUUGUUGAAUUUGGAGCUGGACGAGGAAAGCUGUCCCACUGGGUGGAUAUAGCCUUACAAGAUUCUAAAGAUGUGCAUUUUCUUCUUGUUGAAAGAGCAACUACUAGGUUCAAGGUAGACGGCAAGCAUAGAAAAAAUUGCUUUGAAAGGCUUCAGGUCGAUAUCCAGCAUUUGUGUUUAAAUAAGGUCCCCGUUCUUAUGAAAGAGAAGCUGCCUGUGAUAGGAAUUGGAAAACAUGUUUGUGGUGCGGCAACAGAUCUUGCUUUGAGAUGCUUAGUCGAAACAUACGCAAAACUCUGCGAAGGUGAAAAGGAGAGCCCUGCACCUAAACGCUUUAAGAGCAAUGAAAGCAACAUAACUUCUAAUAAUUCUGGUGAAUCGCAUGGCAAGCCUAUAGCAGACAGCUGGAGCCCUGUGGCUGGAGUUGUUAUUGCUCUGUGUUGCCAUCAUAGAUGUGACUGGAAGCAUUACGUAGGCCAAGACUUUUUCACAAAAGUAGGACUUGGGGCGAUGGAAUUCAAUUAUUUUAAAAGGAUGACAAGUUGGGCCACUUGUGGCAUGAGAGAAACUGCAAGGAAAAGCUAUGCAACUCAUACAGAGAAUGAUGAACAAAGCAACAAAGCAGAAGAACAUGACCAAGAUGAUAGAUGUAUUGAAUACAAUUUGGAUAGCCUGCAAGGGCUGUUAACCACUGAGGACCGAAAGCAGAUAGGUCAGCUUUGCAAACUGUUGAUUGAUCAUGGUCGGAUCGAAUAUUUACAGCAGAGAGGGUAUGAAGCUGUGUUGCAGCACUAUACAGAUCUCAGCGUUUCCUUAGAAAAUGUACUCUUGACAGCUGUGCCAUGUCAGUCUUCAUUAACCCCCUCAACUGCUUAAAAGCGAGAGGACUUUAGAAAAAACUGGACACACCA